AGCCAUUGGCACAUGAAAAGCAAAAUUAUAAUGAUCCCUGGUUAAUUUGUUAUAAACAAAUGUGCCCCAAUCGAUGUGUCUUCUCUGUUAUAAAAAAAUAUAGUAACCAAUCAGCUGCUGUGAAGUAUCUUACACAACAAAGGGGAGGGGUUUGUUACGAAACACCAUCGUGGCGGGAAAGGGUUUAUCCUGUGGUGCAGGUUACAUCAACUAGGUUAUUCAAGAGAACAAACAGCUUUUCGGACCUAGCUUGCAAGCUAAAUAUCUGCGACUCGGUUUGCCUGGUGGUUUCGGAAGAACCAAAUCUUCCGAACGCGUUUGUGAAAUUGUACUACAUAUUGCAGGAAAUGAAGCCAGCGAACACCGUGAAUGGUGUCCCUGUACUCCAUUCAGCAAAAGACGGGUGCAAACCCAAGAAAUUCACCCCAGAUGAAGUACUGGUACCAAAUCCCAGCUUCAAAGAAAAUCAAGGAACGAAAAGAAAGAGAAAAACACUUCCUUUGAAAGUGGAAGAAAGAAUUGAAAAAGUCAAAGACGAGAAGGAAGACAAGGAUAUACAACCUGGAAGUCUAUCGAUAUAUGAAUUGGAACGGUUGGAAAAUAUCAGACAAAACCAAGUGUUCCUGUCCUCCAUAAAACUGCUUGAGGCCAAGCAGGAUUUGAAACCAGAAAACACACAGCGAGGUCUCAAGAGACAGAACAAUAAGGUAGCCUGGACAGAGAUACUGCCUCCUCGCACCAAGUCCUUGAGAAUCCAGAAGAAGGAAGCAGAGCGACUCCCCCUGCCCCCGGAACCACACAGGAUUUAUUAUGAAGUCGAACGAUUUGAACGUGCCAGGAAGCCAGAGGGUCCCAUUAGUAUGGAGCCAAUCAACAUGGAGGAGGAUAGUUCACUGCCACCUGAACUUCUCAAACUGUGGACAGAGGUUUUAAUCAAAGAAGAAAAGGAGGAGUUGGGUCUGGGAGAGUACCGUAGUACUCUGAAGAGCAUGGCGCUGAGUGAGAUUGGAGGAGUAGCUAAGGUGGUGAAGAGUCGUAUCUUCUCUGUUGCCUUCCACCCGUGUAGCAGUCAUCUGCUCAUGGCUGCUGGGGACAAGUUGGGUGGAGUGGGGCUGUGGAACCUCGACUCUGAUAUGGGGGAUGAGGGCGUGCUGCUAUUUGAGCCACACGUCCAGCCGGUGGCCUGCAUGGCCUUCUCCAGGUCACAUCCUACAGACCUUUUGACCCUCAGCUACGACGGGACGCUACGGAGCACAGAUGUGGAGAAAGCCGUUUUUGAUGAGGUGUAUCGGAUCAAGGAUGGCUUGAGAACCUUUGACUUCCUGUCACAUGACUGUUCGACGCUGGUCACCGGGGACUGGUACGGAGACGUUGCCAUCGUUGACAGGCGGACUCCAGGAACCUCUCAUGAGUCCCUCCAUAGCCUGGAUACCAAGACGGUUCGCUGUGUUCACGUCCACCCUGUUCAGAAGCAGUACAUCAUGGUGGCUGAGAACAGUAUUGUGAGCAUUUACGAUGCUCGAUGUUUGAAGGUGUCAUCGAGAGAGCCAGUCUCCCAGCUCUAUGGUCACUCAAAGAGCAUCUCAAGUGCCUACUUCUCUCCUGGCACUGGCAACAGAGUAGUGACCACCUGCCUAGACAACAACAUCAGGAUUUAUGACACCUCGGAACUAACCUCCAGAGCUCCGCUACUGACCUCCAUCCAACAGAACUUGUACACAGGGCGCUGGCUGUCCAAGCUGCAGGCGACGUGGGACCCCAAGAGGGACGACUGCUUCGUUGUGGGCAGCAUGCAGCGGCCUCGCAGAGUCCAGGUGUUCCAUGAGAGUGGGCAGCUCCAGCACUCCUUCCAGGACCCAGAGAUGACCACCGUGCUCUCAGUCACAGCCUUCCACCCCACCAGGAACGCUCUACUGGGGGGUAACGCCUCCGGGCGGCUGUACGUCUUCACCGACUGAGAGCAGGAUGCCUGUAUGUGUUCGCUGCCUGAGAGGAGAAACCUGGGCCAUUGUUCACAAAACAUCUGAGUAAGAGUCCUGAUCUAGGAUCAGGUAACCUCCCUCUUAUUAAUUUUGACCUGGAAGGCUCAACUGAUCGUAGAUCAGCACUCCUACUCUAAAAUGUUUAAUGAUAUGGGCCCAGAACACAUGCUUAGAAUAGACCAAAAUAAGUUGUUUGGUUGUUUUUUCUGCAAGCUGCCUUUGCUAUUGUUGCACAUUGUUUUCUAUCAAAUUGUUGAUGUUUUGUUAGUUUAUAUAUUUAGCUGAAGUUGUGCUUUUAAUGUAGUUUAGCUCUUUCAUUGGCUGUAUUGUACCCACAGUGAAUUUUGUGAUUGACGGUUUUAAUCUUUCAAAUAAAAACCACCAGAAUUCAGUGGCUACAGCCCUACAAUCAAUAAAAUCAUGGCUAAAUACCA